AUCGCCGCUCACUCAGUGUAUUGGUGUCAAGCAAGACGGACGAAAUAUAUUGCCGACGACGCGCCGCUGCCAAAAGAGAGUUUAUUCCGCUCUCGCUCGCGCGCACCUCCACUCUCUUCUCCUCUUGCGCCGAGUUGUGAAAAUUUCCACAAGUUAAAAUUAAAUGAAAAAAAGUGCAAAGGAAGCAGGCAAAACACGAAAUAGCGAAUAGUAAUUUCGGUUUAACAAUUGCGGGCAGUGAAGUAGAAGCCCCAUGAAUGUGUUUCCAAAAACAAAAUUCAAGUAACAAACUUCAAGAAGAAAACAAUCUGAAUUAGCACGCCUUGGAAUAUAAGUUUUAACUGCUGUCAGGCCCCAAGGAGAAGCCCAGCCCAGGACAACCGAAGGACCUUUGAUGUAACCAGGGCCCACUACAGCCCCACCUACAUGAGGACAUAGAUCGCAAUCGCACACUCACUCGCACACCGCUUAGUGACGCAACCCCAGCCUACCAAUGAAGAUGGCAUCCCAACGCUUCUGCUUGCGCUGGAACAACCACCAGAGCAAUCUGCUGUCCGUCUUCGACCAGCUGCUCCACGCAGAGACCUUCACAGAUGUGACGCUUGCCGUCGAGGGGCAAUACCUGAAGGCACAUAAGAUGGUGCUAUCCGCCUGCAGUCCAUACUUCAACGCCCUGUUCGUAAAUCACCCGGAAAAACAUCCAAUUGUCAUUCUGAAAGAUGUGCCCUACUCGGACAUGAAGUCCCUGCUCGACUUUAUGUACAGAGGAGAGGUCUCAGUGGACCAGGAGCGACUUACUGCAUUCCUGCGCGUGGCCGAGAGCCUGCGUAUUAAGGGCCUCACCGAGGUCAACGACGACAAGCCCUCGCCGGCGGCAGCCGCAGCAGGAGCGGGGACGGCAGGCUCUGAGAGCACAGCCACUCCUCCCCAGCUGCAGCGCAUCCAGCCAUACCUGGUGCCCCAGCGGAAUCGCUCGCAGGCCGGCGGUCUGCUGGCCAGUGCUGCCAGUGCCGGCAACACACCCACCCUGCCGGUGCAGCCAUCGCUGCUCAGCUCGGCUCUGAUGCCCAAGCGCAAGAGGGGCAGGCCCCGCAAACUAUCCGGCAGUUCGAAUGGCACGGGGAACGACUACGACGACUUCGAUCGCGAGAACAUGAUGAAUGACUCCUCCGAUCUCGGCAAUGGCAAACUGGGCAACGAGUCCUACUCCGGUAAUGACGAUGGCUCCGACGACAAUCAGCACAAUGCAGGACACCCAGAUGAUAUGAAUGAAAGCCGCGAUUCUCUGCCUUCGAAACGGUCAAAGAACUCCAAGGAUCACCGCGCAGUGAGCCAGCACGAGGACAACAGCACUUCCGAUGGCAACGACAGCGACGGCGAGGGUUUGGACACAUCUUACAUGGAACCUCAACUAAUGCUGGACGAAUACGACGAGCCCGUUGAGUUCAAGUACAACCCGCUCACGGACAACAGCUCGCCCACGCAGGACCAAACGGAUGGCAGCCAUCUCAACGAGCAGGCGCGCCAACAGGCCUUCCUCAUUGCCGCCCAGCGAAAGCAUCAGGAAACGGCUGCAGCGGCGGCGGCCGGAGGUGGACUCAAGCUUAACAUAAUCGGAAUGGCGGCUGGCGGUGCGCAGGUGAAGAGCAUGGUCAGCAUACCGAAACUUACGCCUAUUGGCAAGGUUAAUGCCGCCUCCACACCACUGGUCUCGCCCGCCGGAUCUUCCUCCAUGGCUUCGGUUAAACCGCGCGUCCAAAAGCGGCCCAAAAUGGCCAAACAAAAUGGAGAUGUCAAGCCGGCCGUGUUUACUAGCCAGGAAUACCUCGACAUAUACAACAGCAACGACGGCUUCAAGUUCAAGGCCGCCGGUCUAAGCGGAAGUACGCCGAACCUGAGCGCCGGAUUGGGUACACCGUCGGUUAAGACCAAGCUCAAUCUGAGCAGCAAUGUGGGCGAGGGCGAGGCAGAGGGCUCGGUGAGGGACUACUGCACCAAAGAGGGCGAACACACGUACCGCUGCAAGGUCUGCUCCCGCGUCUACACGCACAUCAGCAACUUCUGCCGGCACUAUGUGACCUCGCACAAGCGCAACGUUAAAGUGUACCCGUGUCCAUUCUGCUUCAAGGAAUUUACGCGCAAGGAUAACAUGACAGCGCAUGUGAAAAUUAUCCACAAGAUCGAGAAUCCCUCGACGGCGCUGGCCACCGUGGCGGCAGCAAAUUUGGCCGGCCAACCGCUGGGCGUCUCGGGGUCCUCGACGCCUCCGCCGCCGGAUCUAAGUGGACAGAACUCAAAUCAGUCGCUGCCCGCCACCAGCAAUGCACUUUCCACCUCCUCCUCCUCGUCGACGUCCUCGUCUAGUGGAUCCCUCGGACCGCUGACGGCGUCCACAGCCCCGCCAGCACCAGCAGCCGCGGCGCAGUAAUCUUCGGACACCUCUUUGGACCACUCCAUGCCCAAAAAAGCACACACUCAAAGAAAAAGCGAAGGUUGAGGCAGCCGCUAGCGAUUGGUGGAAGCAUGUUGCAGCGCCAGGCGCUCUUCGGGAUUUAUUUGUUGUUGGGGAAGGAAGUUAAAGUAGAUUUUUUGUUGAUUUUGUUUUUAGUUUUUUACUUGGCCUCGACGGAGUUGCAAGAAUCUCCAGAGCCAGCAGACGUUUUUAUGUUGUGCAAUUUACUUCUUCAUUUACAAUUACAAUUACGAUUACAAGUACCAACCUCUGGACCCCUUUUCUUCAAAGACCCGAUCAGAACGCAAUGCUAAUCUAAUCCUACCACCUACCCCUAAGAAUUAAUAUUAUUAUUUAUCCCUGAUCGUUCUUCAUUAGCGCGUAGUCAAAGACCCAAAAUCAAACCAUUAUUUGUGGCUGACCCUUUAGAAACACCUCCGCGUAGGGUUGCCUUUUUAUGGACACCAGAGCGGCCUUAUAUGCAAAGUGUAUCCGGGCAAGAGUUACACUAAAAACCGAAACUAAACCUGCACUUUUAGAUAAUUAAACUAUAUAUAUACACAGAUGUUAUACAUAAUUUUAUAAAUAAUAUACAUAUACAUUGAAUGGUAUGCCUAGAUGUAGUUCUAUUAAUUAAUUUAUCAUUAUUAUCACUAUGUUCGGUACGCUAAUGUUAAUGCUAAAUGCUAAACAAUUAUUGCAAGCCGAAAUCUGAAAACGGAAGGAGGAGGAGAAUCAAUGUAAUGUUAAUCAUGCGAGAGGGAGCGCAGAUCUACCUUGUUGCCUUCAAAUGAAGCUAGUUAAAAGUUAAACCCGGGUCUGGGCCAAGGUCGUUGGACCCCCAGAACCCGUCCACCACCCCCUCAAAAACCCGUUCACCCACACAGUCCGCACAGCCCGUAAAGUCCGAGAGCCGUCGAAAGAUUGAAAAUGUUUCGCGGCGAUCGUCGAUAAUGUGUAACUAAAAAUAGUGACAGCAACAGUAGUUGUAAUUAUAACGCUAACAUUAAUGAGCAUAAAGUAAACCUAAUUUAUCAUUUAUCAAACGAUUUAUGUUGUAUAUCGGAGGCUUAAAUUAUCGCCAAAGAAAUGAAAAUCAAAACAAACAAAAACAAGCAACAGAGCAGCCGCAGCAGCUAGCAGCCAGCAGCCCACAGAAAGUGUAAAAGUGUAAAAUUGCAAAAUAAUGUUAAUGCGAAACGAUCUCCAAACAAAAUAAAGCACUUGAAAAUUAGACAACAAGUUAUUCCUCACCUCAAGUCACGCGAAACGUUCAAAUUUGUAGCAAUUCGAGAACGAAGUUAUGGAAAACAUUUCAAAAACUAAAAACUGAAAACUGCUAAGAAAACUGAAGCAAAAUUAAGCGCAAUCAAAUAAUAAACAAGCUGCGUACGCUAACUUAUUAAAUAAUUUUUGUUUUUAAUUCUUUAUUUAGUGGUAGCUAGUGCAAUUUAGUCAGUAAGCCGCCGUCUCCCAAACUCCUAAAAACACCGACUAACGACCAUCGCAAAUUAUAUACAUAUUUACUAUAUACUUCCACCCAAUCGAUCCAAUCCUCAGAAAUUUCUUUUGGCGUUAAUUUUAAAGAACCAAACAAAACAUUAUGCAUAUUUAUUGUAUGUACAUGCGCUGUUUGUACUAUAUUUUACUUUAUUUUUAGUCUACUUUUUAUAUGAAUAUAUUUACAUAUAUUUUUGCAUUCGUCAACUAUAAACCUUCAGCAAUUUUCUCGCUUUCAAACAAAAAUGUCCAAACUCGAAACCUAAACGGGGAAAAUCGCUACAUACAAGUACAUAAAUAUAUAGAGUCAUGCUUUGAUGCCCAAAGAAAACAAAGAAAAUGGAAAAUAAGAAUCGUAAUGCAAGGCAAAACUUCCAUGUGAAAAUGAGAAAAUUGUCUGGAUUGUUGGUAAACAUGGUUUCCGUUUAAAUUAGCUAAUUACGAGACACACUCUACGAUAUAUCAUACGAUACGUUAAACAUAAUUACUAAAUAGUGAAUCACACGCAAUAUUAAUCAAGCAGAACAUUUAUAUAUUAACGUUUAACUGACCAACAGAAGAAAAAUAAAAUACACAAUGCAAAAAACA